CCCGGCGCAGGCGGUGACGCGGCUCCCGCUGGGUCGCGGCGGCGCGGCUCCGGGGAAGGAGCGGAGCCCGCAGGAAUCCGCUCUCACGCUCGGCCGCUGCGCGGUGGCCGGGAUGCGCUCAGCUCGCGGCGUCUCGCUCCCAGGAGCCCGGGCCGCCGAAUCGGGAGCCGCUGCAGAGCAGGAGGGCUCCCGCAGCCUGCUUCUGUAAUGGUGCGUGAGGACCGCGGGAGGUCCAGGACGCUGCCUGACCGCUGAGCCGGCACAAUGGGGAGGAUCGGCAUCUCCUGUCUUUUUCCUGCUUCCUGGCACUUUAGCAUCUCUCCAGUGGGGUGUCCCCGGAUUCUGAAUAUCAACUUACGCCAGAUCAUUGUUCUUAGCAUUGUGGCAGCUGCUGCUUCCCUUCUAUACUUCUCGGUUGUCAUAAUCCGAAAUAAGUAUGGGCGGCUCUCGAGGGACAAGAAAUUUCAAAGGUACUUGGCACGAGUCACUGACAUUGAAGCCACAGACAUCAGUAACCCCAACAUGAACUACGGGAUCGUGGUGGACUGUGGGAGCAGUGGGUCUCGGAUCUUUGUCUACUGCUGGCCAAGGCACAAUGGCAACCCUCACGAUCUCCUGGACAUCAGACAGAUGCGGGAUAAGAACCGGAAGCCCGUGGUUAUGAAAAUAAAACCUGGCAUUUCGGAAUUUGCUACCUCUCCGGAGAAAGUCAGCGACUACAUUUCUCCGCUCUUGAACUUUGCUGCACAGCAUGUGCCGAGGGCCAAGCACAAAGAGACCCCGCUGUAUAUCCUCUGCACCGCCGGGAUGAGGAUCCUUCCCGAAAGUCAGCAGAAAGCCAUCCUGGAGGACCUCCUGACCGACAUCCCCCUGCACUUUGACUUCCUCUUUUCCGACUCUCAUGCAGAAGUGAUUUCAGGGAAACAAGAAGGUGUGUAUGCUUGGAUCGGCAUUAAUUUUGUCCUGGGACGCUUUGAGCAUAUUGAAGACGAUGACGAGGCCAUCGUAGAAGUGAACAUUCCCGGCAGUGAAAGCAGCGAAGCCUUCCUCCGCAAAAGAACAGCGGGUAUUCUCGACAUGGGCGGCGUGUCGACCCAGAUAGCAUACGAAGUCCCCAAAACUGUAAGCUUUGCCUCCUCACAGCAGGAGGAAGUAGCCAAGAACUUGUUAGCCGAAUUUAACUUGGGAUGUGAUGUCCACCAAACAGAGCACGUGUACCGAGUCUACGUGGCCACCUUCCUCGGGUUUGGUGGCAACGCCGCUCGCCAGAGAUAUGAAGACAGGUUGUUCGCCAGCACGAUUCAGAAAAACAGGCUCCUCGGGAAGCAGACCGGCCUAACUCCUGACACGCCCUACCUGGACCCCUGCUUGCCCCUGGACAUCAAAGAUGAAAUCCAGCAGAACGGGCAGACCCUGUACCUCCGGGGAACUGGGGACUUCGACCUGUGUCGCGAGACUCUCCUGCCUUUCAUGAAUAAGACGAACGCGACGCAGACGUCCCUCAACGGCAUUUACCAGCCCCCCAUCCACUUCCAGAACAGUGAAUUCUAUGGCUUCUCAGAAUUCUAUUACUGCACCGAGGACGUGUUGCGGAUGGGAGGGGACUACAAUGCUGCUACAUUUACUAAAGCUGCAAAGGAUUAUUGUGCAACAAAAUGGUCGAUCCUUCGAGAACGCUUUGACAGAGGGCUAUAUGCUUCUCACGCUGACCUCCACAGGCUGAAGUAUCAGUGCUUCAAAUCCGCCUGGAUGUUCGAGGUGUUCCAUAAUGGCUUUUCAUUUCCUGUCAACUAUAAAAAUUUGAAGACAGCUUUGCAAGUUUAUGACAAGGAGGUUCAGUGGACGCUUGGAGCCAUUCUUUACAGGACCCGCUUUUUACCUUUAAGGGAUAUCCAGCAGGAGACCUUCCGGGCCGGGCACGCGCACUGGCGCGGCUUCUCCUUCGUCUACAAUCACUACCUGUUCUGGGGCUGCGUGCUGGUGGUCCUGCUCUCCAUCCUGCUCUACCUGCUGCGGCUGCGGCGCAUCCACCGCCGGAUGCUGCGCGGCGGCCCCACCAGCGCCGCCCUCUGGCUGGAGGAGGGUCUGGCCCCCCAGAAGACGGCGGGGGCCCUGUGAGCCCAGCGCCCCUGAAGACUUUCUAAAGGAAAAGCCAUUUUUUUUGCCUCAGGGUUUCUCCUUUUUUUUUUUUUUUGGUUUUUCCCUCCUGUUGGCUUUAUUUUUCCUUCCCUCUUCCUUUGCAGAGCGAAAAACACAAUCCAUUGUUGUGUUGAGUUGUGUUGUCCUAGAGGUGUUCCCCGUGGCGAUUGUGUGUCCAGCUUUCAAGGGAAAUAGAGGGAAAAGGCAAAAAUCACCUCAUUGUGGCUGCUUGGGGCUCCUAGGGCUUCUUGAAGAUAUGUUCAGUUUGUGUUGUUUUUUUUUAACAGAUAGCACUUUGAUACUGUGGGGAAAUGCAAAGGUGUGUUUCCUCCGAUAAGACUGAAGAGUGAAACUUAUACACAACCAAACAAAAUAUAGAAAAAGACUGAAAUUGCAACGUAAUUCUUUCCACCUUUAUCUUGAGAGUUCUAGCAUAGAAGGUGUUGUUUGUUGAGUUUGUAUUUUAUCGUUCCAGUCUUUGCAGAUUUAAAAAUAAAAAAAGAGAAAAAGAAAAUCCUUUCUAUCCAAAGUAGAGAAAUACAGGCAGCUGAAAGCAAUUAUUUUUUUUCAAUGGAUAGUGAAGAGACCUGGAAAAAAAGGUGAAAUACUGACCCGGGCUGCGUGUGUGUAAACUGCUAACGGAAAAGAAUGAAAGACUUCACACGCUGCAGAAUUUCUUUUCCAUGACUUAAAAUCCCCAUUACCAUCAUCGUGUCCCCACCACAGGUAACUCCUUCCUUGUCCCAUCUCCCAGCAGCCCAGGACACUUUGCCUUUGAAGUUCCGUCAUCGAAUUUUCCUCUUACUGGCACCAGAGUGUUGCACGCCAACAGGCUCGCUCUGGGGUCUUCUCAGUAAUACAUUUUGCAUGUUAAAGUGGGUUCCAGUU